AUGAUACCAGAUGCUUCCCCCGAAGGAAAACCCAAGGAAGAGGUUGAAGUUGACGUGCGUCUUGAAGAUGAUUGGGUUCCAAUGGAUGAAGAACUUGAUGCUCAUGAACUGGAGGAGGUUAUCCGCGAAAAAGCUGCCCAUUCUAGUGCUGUUGUACUUGAAAGUAUAGGAGAUAUCCCUGAGGCCGAGGUCAAGCCUCCUGAGAAUGUGCUGUUUGUCUGCAAACUGAAUCCUGUGACUGAGGAUGAGGAUCUGCAUACCAUUUUCUCACGCUUUGGAACUGUUAUAUCGGCUGAUGUGAUCCGGGAUUUCAAAACUGGUGACAGUUUGUGCUACGCUUUUAUAGAGUUUGAGGAGAAGGCGGCAUGCGAACAAGCCUACAAUAAGAUGGACAAUGCUUUGAUAGAUGAUAGAAGAAUACAUGUGGCCUUCAGUCAGAGUGUGUCCAAACUUUGGUCACAGUUUCGGCAGAAAGACUCGCAAAAGGGCAAAGGGAAUGGAUGUUUCAAAUGUGGGUCGACGGAUCAUGUAGCCAAGGACUGUGUGGGUGGUGGUAAUCAGGGGGCUUCAAAGUUCAUAGUAAAGGAUCAAAACAGACAGCACGGAGGAGGUGAAGGGUAUGAUAUGGUGUUUGAGGGUGACAUAGCUGAAAGGCCCAAGAGGGAGAAGAGUCAUGACAAGGAGAAGAUUCGGAGGAGAAGUCCUGAUGGGUAUGGUGAAGGCAAAAGACAAGAGAGAGAUGAAAGGAGAAGUCCUCGUGUCUCUGGUGAAGGCAAAAGACAAGAGAGAGAUGAAGGCGAGGACAAGGAAGGUAGUAAGUACAAUGGUAGAAGACAUGAUAGGGAAGAUGAGAGGAGGUAUGAUGAUGGUGGGAGUAGGGAGAAGAAACAGAGGGAGAGAUGUGAAAGAGAGAGUAGGGAAGAUGAAGAGAGGAGAAGAAGAAGAAGACGGCAUGAAGAGAUGAGAGAAGAUCGUGGGAGUGAGAGAGAGUAUAAGGGAAGGAGAAGAGAGAGAAGGGAUAGUCACCAACUUAGGUUGGUUUUGUUAAAAAAAAAAAAGGGAGUGUGUCGACGAAGAAGAAGAAGAAACCCAAACAAUCUCCGUGGUCGUGAAAUGUCGAACAACAUAGUGGUACUAGACAACGGCGGCGGUCUAAUCAAAGCAGGGCAAGGCGGGGAGCGUGAUCCCCUCGUCGUCAUCCCAAACUGCCUCUUCAAACCUCUCUCCUCCAAGAAAUUCACAUUCCCUCCUCCUCUCUCCGACCUCGACACCGACAUCGACCUCACCUCCGCCGCCGUACGCCGCCCCAUCGACCGAGGCUACCUCAUAAACCCUGAACUGCAACGCGACAUCUGGUCACACCUCUUCACCUCACUCCUCCGCGUCACCCCAACCUCCUCCUCUCUCCUCCUGACGGAGCCACCGCUCUCCAUCCCUUCCGUUCAGCGCGCCACCGACGAGCUCGUCUUCGAGGAUUUCGGCUUCUCUUCUCUCUACCUCGCUAAUCCUCAGUCCCUCGUCCAUCUCUACGAGGCUAGUCGCCAGCCUGGUUCCAUCCUCGCGCGGACUCAGUGUAGCCUCGUCGUGGAUUGCGGCUUCUCCUUCACUCACGCCGUCCCCGUCCUCCACAACUUCACGCUCAAUUACGCUGUCAAGAGGAUCGACCUGGGAGGGAAAGCUUUCACUAAUUACUUGAAGGAAUUGGUCUCUUAUCGAUCUAUCAAUGUCAUGGAUCAGACUUUCUUGAUGGAUGAUGCUAAAGAGAAGCUCUGUUUCGUCUCUCUUGACCUCCACCGUGAUCUCAACCUUGCUCGGGAGCGGCGUAAUGGGAAUGUGAUUAAGUCUACAUAUGUUCUUCCUGAUGGUGUCACACAUACCAAAGGUUAUGUCAAAGAUCCUGAAUCCGCUAACAACUUCCUUACUUUAGGCGGGUUAUCACAUGUAGGAGCUACCAAUGUCAUGGAUAAGGGUGACGGUGAGAGGAAAAAGGCUGACAUGAACAAAAACGAGAUUGAUUUGACAAAUGAGCGUUUUCUUGUACCUGAGACCUUAUUCCAGCCUGCAGAUCUAGGGAUGAAUCAGGCGGGACUUGCAGAGUGCAUUGUCCGAGCUGUUAGUUCAUGCCAUUCUUACUUGCAACCUGUUUUGUACCAAAGCAUCAUCUUAACUGGUGGAAGCACCUUAUUUCCACAACUUAAGGAGAGGCUUGAAAGAGAGCUUCGACCACUUGUCCCAGACAACUUUGAUGUCAAGAUAACAACUCAGGAGGACCCCAUACUAGGUGUAUGGAGAGGAGGUUCACUUUUGGCUUCGAGCCCAGAUUUUGAGUCCAUGUGUGUCACCAAGGCUGAAUACGAAGAACUUGGAUCAGCUCGAUGUCGGAGAAGAUUCUUUCACUGAAAGACAAACCAAAAAAACAUAAUGGAAUAGUUUUCAAAUUGAGUUGUUAGUAUCCUCUCACAUGUCCAAAUUGGUUUGUAUCAUAUUGCAAUGAAUGUUGCCAUGAGAAACAUAAUGAAGCACCGCCCAAACAGCUAAGGUUUAGGGUACAUCAUACACAAACGUAGUAGGUUAUCUUUAUAGGAAUACCAAAACCUAUUUGCUAAUCA